ACCAACACGACACCCGCCGCCUCCUCCACGCCCUCUCCCUGCACGCCGCCUUCUCGCACAGCUCGCUCGCACUUCACCUCGCCUAGAGCAGCACUCCCUGCAGCCUCGCUCUGACACAGCGCACCGAGCGGCCGCAGCGGCCUGCGCCAGCCCGCCAUGCCCGCGCUCUUCUACCCGCGCCCGUCGCUCUCCCUGGCGCCGGCAGCAGCAGCGCUGACGCUGGCGCGCCACACGCCGUGCGCUGCUUGUGACUGUGCCGGUCUUCGGCCAACCAAGGACGAAGAUGUCGAGCUGCGCGACGGCGAGCCGGGCGCAGAGGACGAGGAGGCAGAGGCGUGGCGCUGGGACUGCCGCUGCGGCUGCGAGCGGGGCCAUGUGCGGACGGAGGAGCAGGAGGAGCGGACACGACGCCUGCGUGUCGCGAACCGGAUAGACGAUCUUCUGGCAGACGCUGGCCAUCUAGAGGACUUUGACUGGACAGACGAGGACGUGACGUCGCUGCGAAAACAAAUGGCAUCAAGCGGGGCAUCGCUGUCGCGUCCCAAGCGGGGCCGCUCUAUCUCCGAGGCGUCGAGCGCGUCGCUCUCGUCCGCUGCCGGGACACUGUCGAGAGCGCCGUCGCCGCGGCAUGCCGAGCCUGAUGAGCCUCUGGUCAAGCGGCGCAAGCUUGUCGGGCUCGUGGAGCACGCAUCGACCUCAUCAAGCUCCCGUGCAUCCUCGUCUGGACCGCUGACGCCGCAGGACGACGUGGUGCUGCUGCCGAGCAUCUCGAAUGGCGACGGCGAGGGGCAUGGCAAGCGGCCAGCGCGCAGUCAGAAGGGCCUGCCAGACGGUGCGGCGUCGGCAGACGGUGCAGCUCAGCCAGAGGUGGAGCCGGCGCCGCCGCCGAGCAAGGACGAGGUGGCGCAGGGCGCAGAUUUGGACUUGGCUUCGAAGGGCGUCAGCAUUGACACGGGCGACACAGUCGAUCCUGAGCCGCCACGAAAGGAGCGCCCAGCGGUCAUCGAGGAGCGCGCCGGCCUGAUUCAGUUCCGCGUCGUGGAGAACGACGGGCAGCCGGAGAGCAUGAUCGUGCUGACGGGCCUCAAGAACAUCUUCCAGCGCCAGCUACCGAUGAUGCCGCGCGAGUACAUCACGCGCCUCGUGCUCGACCGCAACCACCGCUCGCUGGCCAUCGUCAAGCGCGGCCUGCACGUCGUCGGCGGCAUCACGUACCGCCCGUUCGACCAGCAUCGCUUUGCUGAGAUCGUGUUCUGCGCCAUUACAAGCACAGAGCAGGUCAAGGGCUACGGCAACCACCUGAUGAACCAUCUCAAGGACCACGUCAAGGCGUCGUCCGAGGUGAUGCACUUCCUGACGUACGCAGAUAACUACGCCAUCGGCUACUUCAAGAAGCAGGGCUUCACGAAGGAGAUCACGCUUCCACGGCCCAAUUGGGUCGGCUACAUCAAGGACUACGAGGGCGGCACGCUGAUGCAGUGCAGCAUGGUGCCGCGCGUGCACUACCUCAGCGCGCAGGAUCUGCUCAUCAGCCAGCGGCGGCUAGUGCUCGAGAAGAUCCGGCAGAUCUCACGCUCGCACAUCGUGCACCGCGGGCUUAAGGUGUUCCGCGAGCACGCCGGCGCAGAUGACGACGACGAGGACGACGAUGACGACGAGAAGCCGCUGGCGGAGAGCGGUAAGGAGCGCAAGCCGAAGUACCGCAUCGAUCCGUCGCUCGUGCCGGGCCUCAAGGAGAGCGGCUGGACGCCUGAGAUGGAUGAGCUCAGCCGUCGGCCAAAGCGUGGCCCGCACCAUAGCCUUAUGCGCCACAUCAUCGCCGAGCUCAACAACCAUCAGUCGGCUUGGCCAUUCGUCGCGCCCGUCGAUGCUAACAGUGUCGCGGACUACUACAAAGUCAUCCAGCAUCCGAUGGACCUCGGCACGAUGGAGACGAAGCUGGAGAACAACGCAUAUGCCACCGUCGAGGAUCUCACCGCCGACGUGCGGCUCAUCGCGUCGAACUGCCGCACGUACAACGGCGCCAGCAACCAGUACACCAAGCUCGCGAACCAGCUCGAGCGGCACUUCGACAAGGAGCUGCCUGGCUGGAAGCAGUCGUACGGCAUUCUCUAGCUCUGUCGUGUCCGGACUCCAUGUCACCCUGGCUCUAUCCCUCUGUUCUUGUACGCCGACUCCCUUACGAGCAAAUGAUGACGCUGAAAGCCACCCAUGCGCCUGGC